AUGACGAUUGUUUACAAUCGUAGUGAGCAGUGUUCGAUCUCGCAUGUUGAGGCGAUGAUCAUCGCGCAUGAAGCGCUUUUGGAUCGCUUGCGCGCACUUCAACUUCAAGCUUCUGCACCGGCGGCGCUCCUUGCUCAUGCGACUGCACCACCGCCGUCGCCGGUGGUUUCUCCAUCUCCGGCGACACCUACUGCACCGUCUUCGGCGACCGUCGCGCCUCCGUUACAGGUGAGCGCUGAAGUCAACUAUGCUUCGAGCAACGUUGACUCCUCAUCAGCAUCUGAUGAUCGCAGUAGAUCUGGCGAUUCUCGCGGCUAUGGUGAUCGCGGUGGCUACAACAAUUCUGGUGGACGUGGUGGCAGAUCAAAUCGUGGUGGUCGUAGCUCUGUUCAAUGCCAGAUUUGUCACAAAUUUGGUCAUGAUGCUAGCAUUUGCUAUCAUCGAGGAAAUUCUUCUUCCUCUGGUUCUCAUAGUCAACCUACAAUGACAUCACAAGCUGAUGUUUCCUCUCUUCUUGGCUUGUUUCCACAGUUUGGUUACACGCCUUUUCAUGGAUUCCAUCCUUUUGGUUCUCCUGCACAGUUUGGUGUGCCUUUUGCUGGAUCCAGCUAUGGUACUGGUCUUCCUUUUCAACAAGGUACUAUGUUUGCUUCUCCUGGCUAUGGUUACACUGCUCCUGUACCUUCUGGUUUUGGAUUUGGUUUAUUUCCUCGAGCUCCAGCACAGCAUCCUCGUGCACCUCAGGCUAUGCUUGCUUCUGCACCACAGGCUAUGGUAGCAUCUGCCCCUUCCACUCUUGGCAGUUGGUUCCCUGACUCAGGAGCUACACAUCAUGUUACACAUGAUGCCUCAGUUCUUUCAGAUAGCAUGUCAGUUACUGGCAAUGAUCAAGUAUUCAUGGGUAAUGGACAAGUGUUAGUAAAUUUGCCAGGGAUAAUGGUGUUUUCUUUGAGUUUCAUCCUUACCAUUGCACUGUUAAAUCUCAGGACAAUUCUAGGACUCUCCUUCGUGGCUCUCUUGGUCAAGAUGGCUUAUACACCUUUGAUGGCAUGCACUCCUCAACCUUUCCUCAAGGGACUUUCUUCUGCUUCUGUUCCCUCUACCUUUUCAGUGACCAAGUCUUCUCCUGCUGAUGUUAAUUCUACAGUCUCUACUUUAAAUAAUGUACCUAAUGUACCUAGCCACACAUCAUAUGAAUUGUGGCAUUCUAGACUAGGGCAUCCUCAUCAUGAGGCUCUGCAAUCUGCGCUUUCCAUAUGUAAAAUACCAAUACCGCGUAAAUCAAAGUUUUCAGUUUGUCAAGCUUGUUGUGUUGCUAAGUCUCAUAGAUUACCUUCCUCUUCUUCUACUACAGUUUAUACUUCUCCCUUAGAAUUAAUAUUUGCAGAUUUAUGGGGUCCUGCUUCCAUUGAAUCUUCUGCUGGUUAUUUUUAUUUUCUUACUUGUGUUGAUGCCUUCUCUAGGUUCACCUGGAUUUAUCCUAUUAAGAGAAAAUCUGAUACCUGUUAUGUGUUUCUUCAAUUUCAAGCAAUGGCUGAAUUGAAAUUUGGUCUUAAAAUAAAAUCAGUUCAAACUGAUGGUGGCACAUAA